CAAGUGCUGCAACUCAACUAGCCACUUAGCAAAGGAUUGCAAAGCUCUGGUGAGGUGCACACAGUGUGACAGCAAUCGCCACGACACCGCUAUGCAUUUAGACCCAACACCUCAAGUACCUACAAGGGCCUCACCCCCAACAAGUGACGGCGGGGAGGAAGAAAGUGCUGGCAGCAUUACAGCAGUUAACUCACAAUGCACCCAAGUGUGCGGCACAGGACGAAUAGGAAGAUCAUGCGCCAAGAUCUGUCUGGUUCGAGUAUAUUACCAUGGACAGCGCGAGAGAGCAGCUAACGUGUAUGCCAUUUUAGAUGACCAAAGUAAUCGUUCGCUGGCCCGCUCAGACUUCUUUAACCUUUUCGACGUAAACAGCCAGCUCCUCCCCUACAGACUAAAAACAUGUGCCGGGCCGAUCGAAACAGCUGGUCGCAAAGCCGAAGGUUUCCAGAUCGAGUCUCUCGAUGGAAAAAUCGUCCUCUCCCUCCCGCCAUUAAUUGAGUGUGAUGAAAUACUAAAUGACAGGACUGAAAUCCCCACACCCGAUGCAGCUCGCAGUCACCCUCAUCUGAGAAAAAUAGCUCAGUACAUUCCAGAGCUCGACCCCAACGCACAAAUCCUUAUUUUGCUGGGAAGAGACAUCUUGAGAGUCCACAAAGUUCGUCAGCAAGUAAAUGGACCUCACAAUGCUCCCUUUGCACAGAGACUAGACCUUGGAUGGGUCCUGAUUGGGGAUGUGUGUUUGGGAAAUGCACAUAAACCAACUGUGAAUGCGUACAAAACAAGUGUAUUAGAAAAUGGCCGUCCCUCUAUCUGCGCACCCUGCAAAAACACCAUAAGGCUAACUGAGAACGCCUGCCAAGGAAGGGGGCAAAUGAGCUACGCUGGUAAAACGUCAUUGGAGAACCUGGGAAGGAGCGUCUUCAGCGAAACAGGUUCUGACAACAAACUUGGCCCGUCCAUUGAAGACACAAUCUUCCUGGAAAAAAUGGACAGGGAAAUGUUCAAGGACAAGUCAGGUCAUUGGGUUGCACCCUUACCUUUCAGAGCUCAACGACAACGGCUGUCCAACAACCGUGAGUACGUAAUGUCUCGCUUCAACUCUUUACAAAAAACAUUAGAAAGAAAACCAGGCAUGAGAAGCCAGUUUCUUGAAUUCAUGGACAAAAUUUUCCAGAACAAACAUGCAGAGGAGGCUCCACCCUUAAAUGAAGAGGAGGAGUGCUGGUUUUUGCCGACCUUCGGAGUUUUUCAUCCACAGAAACCAGAAAACAUACGAGUGGUUUUUGAUUAUAGUGCAAAAUACCAUGGCGUGUCUCUAAACGACUCCCUUCUAAAGGGUCCCGACCUAAACAACUCCCUGAUAGGUGUCUUGAUCCGCUUUAGGAAGGAGCAGGUUGCGGUGGUUGCCGACAUACAGCAGAUGUUCCACAGUUUCCUCGUUCACAGAGACCACAGGAACUAUCUGAGAUUUUUGUGGUACAGAGAUAACGAUAUGUCCAAAGACAUCAUUGAUUAUAGAAUGCGGGUGCAUGUGUUCGGGAACAGCCCGUCUCCGUCCGUGGCCAUCUAUGGGCUCAGGAGAGCUAUUCAGGAGGGAACAAACAAACACGGAGCAGACACAGUCAAGUUUGUCGUAUGCCACUUUUACGUAGACGAUGGCCUCAUUAGUGUGCCCUCAGAUGCUGAAGCCAUUAGCCUACUGCAGAGAACCCAAGCCUCCCUCAGCGAAUCAAACUUAAGACUGCACAAGUUCGCGUCGAAUAGUGACACUGUCCUCCAAGCCUUCCCAAUUGAAGAUCGCGCUGUUUUGAAAGAUCUGGACCUCAGUGGCGAGGCUAUACCAGUGCAGCGCAGUCUGGGCCUAUUAUGGGCGACCACAACGGACACCUUCACAUUCAAGGUGUCAGAAGACAGAAAGCAGUUCACUCGCAGGGGUGCUCUUUCUACAGUGAACAGCAUUUUCGACCCCUUAGGCCUUCUCGCACCAGUAACCAUUGAAGGAAAAAGUCUAUUGAGAGAGUGCAGUGCAGACAAAUGUGAUUGGGAUACACCUCUUCCCGAAGACAAGCUCAAAGAAUGGGAAGCGUGGAGAGAGUCUUUACAUGAUUUGAACACACUACAAAUUCCUCGAACAUACACUGCAAACUCACUCUCCAAGGCCAAACGCACUGAGCUAUGCGUGUUUUCGGAUGCAUCCACCAAAGCCAUUGGAGUUGUAGCCUACCUCAGAACGGUCCAAAGCGAAGGAAAAGUGGAAGUGGGAUUCAUUAUGGGGAAAGCUAAACUAGCUCCUCUCUCCCAACCUACAAUUCCUCGGCUGGAACUAUGUGCUGCGGUACUUGCCGUGGAAGUUGCAGAUAUCAUCCAAGAUGAACUGGACCUGAAGUUGGACUCGGUUAGGUUUUACUGCGACAGCAAGGUCGUACUAGGGUAUAUCUACAACCAAACGAAACGCUUCCAUGUCUACGUUCACAAUCGAAUUCGACGCAUUCAUCAGUCGACAAAACCAGGUCAGUGGUUCUACGUCUGUUCGGAGGAGAAUACUGCAGACUACGCAUCCAGAUCAGUUCCUGCAUCCUCACUAACACACACCAUAUGGUUCACAGGACUGGCAUUUUUGUACAAACAAGACAGUAGUGGGGAAGACUUAGGAAUAACGUAUGAACUCGUAAACCCUGAAUCAGACACAGAGGUGCGUUCUGAAGUGACCAGUUACCUCACACAGAGUCAAGGAAAGGGACUUGGUGCCGCAAGAUUCACACACUUUUCAACCAUGCGCUCUCUCACCAGAGCAUUCGCUAUGCUCAUUCACAUAGUUAAAACCUACAAACAGAGGGAGUAUAGUGCAUGUAAAGGGUGGCACUACUGCAAACUCCCACACACUCCUGAUGAGUUAUCCCAAGCUAGAUUCAUCAUCACCCAAGCGACACAGGAAGAGUUUCUUUCCAGUGAAAUCUCAGAUCUCUCACUCACACACACUGUGUCCAAAAAGAGUACGCUCUAUAAGCUGAACCCUAUCCUCAAAGAAGGUCUGAUCUGCAUUGGUGGCAGAUUAAAACAUGCAGACUUGAGCGCAGCAGAGACCAACCCCAUAAUCUUGCCGAAGAACAGUCACAUCUCUCUGCUCCUAGUGAGACAAUAUCAUCAACAGUGGAAACAAGUGCAAGCCCUCGCUGACGAGUUCUGGCGCCGCUGGCGGCAGGAAUAUCUUCCCACUUUGCAGACCCGAAGGAAGUGGACAGAUAUGAAGAGGGAUCUGAAAGUUGGAGACAUUGUGCUCCUGAAGGACUGUCAAGUUGCACGCAACAAGUGGCCUAUGGCUAAGAUCACUGCGGUCUUUCCAGGACGAGAUGGCAAAGUCAGAGAAGUCCAGCUAAAUGCAUCAAGUCAAGGCUCUUUAAAGACUUUUCAGAGGCCGAUUAGAGAAGUAGUUCUUCUUUUGCCUACUGACUAAGGUAGUCUUUGUUAAAAUGACCUAAUAAGUUCAGACGGGGAGUGUUCUGCCUUCCAGGCAUUUUAGUUCAUUGUGUAAAAGUUUUAUUUAUGUGCUUUUAUUUUGACAUGGAAAACACCCGUAGAACAGGAAGUGCUGUGUAUGCUUUUAUUUUGACAUGGAAAACACCCGUAGAACAGGAAGUGCUGUGUACGUGAGUGACCGUUUACUAGCAACGCACGCUGAUGCAGAGAGAUUGGUCAAAGAGGGAAAGACGUUCUAAAAAAUCAGAAAACCGGCAAACCUUUGCUUAACUCUUGAAGAAGCAACGCCUUUUUACUCUGUAUUCUAAGCGACAGCAAGUAUGUGUAAUAAAUUUGGAGACUACAGGAACACAUCUUUCGUCAUUGAGUCAGAGUUUAGCUCACUGUCUAGUUGAA